CACAUCAACUGCCACAUCAACUAUCACAAACAUCAACUAACACAAACAUCAACUGUCACAUUAACUGUCACAAACAUCAACUGUCACAUCAACUACAUCAACUGUCACAUUAACUGUCACAAACAUCAACUGUCACAUCAACUGUCACAAACAUCAACUGUCACAUUAACUAUCACAAACAUUAACUGUCACAAACAUUAA